AUGGCCGCGUUUGGGAUGGCUGAUCAACCCGGUAAUUACUUUCAAACCGACUCUUCGUUAGCGGACAAUGAUCGAAAGCAACGUAAAGCAGCAAAUACGCAAGGAGAUCCGGUCAAAUUUUCCACCAAGAUUUUGGCUCUCGGAGUCAAUUACUUCUUCGACCCGAAGGGCGAUGUUGUUUUUGUCGCUGAAGCUGGCGGCUCGGUGACGGGACUGAGGCUAUCUACCAAUGAAUUGUCCAGUACUCCAAGAGGUCCUCAAGGGCCUUUGACCAGCCUGGCUUUUCAUGCUGUCAAAUCGUCCCAAGACCCCUUUACCACAAUGACCAUCUUUUCCGGUUCCUGGGACAAGUCCGUAUGGAAGUAUACCUUCAAAUUUGCCGAUGGCACCACUCAAGGGCGAACAGUUACCGACAUCACCUCGUUUUCUGCACAUCGAGACUUUGUCAAAUGCCUUCUGGUCGUCCGAACCCCAGACAAACACGACAUUCUGAUCACUGGUGGCACCGACGGUGACAUCCGGUUUUGGUCAUUAGAAGGGAAAGCCCUCGCAGCGAUCAACCCAAAUUGUCGCGGGAUUGAAUCUCUUGUGCUGGAUCCUCUAUCCUCUCCAGACUCACCAAUCGUCAUGGUGUCCACGUCUAAGCAGGAGAUAUUCGCGAUCACGGUGCCCGAGUUAGAGCAGAUAAAGUCGUCUCAAUUACAACUGCAAAACCCCAUCCUUGCACAUGCUACCAGUGUUUAUAAAUUACAUUUCGACGAUGAUGGGGAUCUGUGGACGGCUUCAGCAGACACGACGGCGAAGCAGCUGUCGAGAGAUGAGGGUUGGAAUGCUAUCAUGACCCUUCAGCAUCCCGAUUUUGUCCGAGAUGUAGUCACUCACGAUACGUAUGGCUGGGUCAUCACUGCAUGUCGAGAUGAAGAAAUAAGAGUAUGGAAUAAGGCGACCGGCGACCUACAUCAUGUGUUUUCUGGCCAUUACGAGGAGGUUACCGGUUUGGCCUUGUCGGAAGAUGUGCUUGUCAGUGUCAGUAUUGAUGCCACUUUACGGAGAUGGAGCCUAGCCCCCGCCGAUCUCCAGCGAGCAGUAGAAGAAGCCCGAAACCCCAAACUCGUGGAGGACAAUCCGGAACCCACGGUGGACUUGUCAAUGCUGACUGAAGAGGAAGAGGCCGAGUUGCGCGCAUUGAUGGAAUCCGAAGAGCAAGAUGUGCUUGAGAAGAUGGUUCGAGACGAACAGUGA